ACCACCGGGCGUUGUAAUGUUCUUUUUACGUUGUUAAAUAAAGCACAAAAAAAAACACUUCCGUAAAAUAGUGAUAAAGAUGGCGGUCGCCGCCGGAGCAGUCGUAGUUCCUCGCAGCUUUCGGUUGCUGGAGGAGCUAGAGGAAGGUCAGAAGGGAGGUGGUGAUGGUACAGUGAGCUGGGGUCUCGCAGAUGAUGAUGACAUGACACUAACUCACUGGAAUGGCAUGAUCAUCGGUCCACCUAAGACUGUCUAUGAAGGCAGGAUAUACAGUCUGAAAAUAGAGUGUGGGCCCAGGUACCCAGAGCACCCCCCUCUUGUUCGCUUUGUGAACAAGAUCAACCUGACCGGCAUACACAAUUCAAAUGGUGUGGUAGACAUAAAGGCGGUGGUAGCGCUGGCCAGGUGGAAGAACUCCUACAACAUCCGGAUGGUGCUGCAGGAACUCAGACAGCACAUGAUGUUGAAAGAGAACAACAGGCUCUCCCAGCCGCCUGAAGGCCAGGUUUAUUGCAACUGAGGCUCCUGGUGCUAUCCCUCCCUGUCUCACACACACACACACACACACACACACACACACACACACACACACACACACACACACACACACACAGGCAUACACACAAGCACACACACACGUACAUAGCAUCAUAAACACUUAACACUGACUCUGCCACUUCCAAACUACACAACCUUCAUGUUAUCCAAGACUCUUGACACCCACUUCCUCCCUCAGGAGCCUCCCAUAUGACAGCGAGGGAUGCACAGGUGAACCUGACUUCCCAACACAGCUCCCAGUCUUCUGUUCACAUUCACCAUGCAGACCAGAUGUUCCGAAACAAAAAUACUGUACAUCUUAUUAAUGUUGUUUUGUAUUAUCCUUGUGUUCUACAUCCACACUGUAAAAUAACAAAUGACCUGAUUGAGUGUACCAAUUAUGUGUGUGUGUGUGUGUGUGUGUGUGUGUGUGUGUGUGUGUGCUGGACUCUUCACAUCAAGUGGUGACAGUUAGCUCCUGUUACAUGGGUAUUGGUGGGGGAUUUGAAUCACCUUGCUACUCAGCCAAACAAAUAUUGAUAUGAAAUGUUUGGAUAAUUUUGACAUGAUUUUCACUAAACAAACCAACAUCCUCCAGUGUGCUGAUGAAACAGUUUCCUCGCUAAGAAAACGUCUUGGUCUCCCAGGCCACGUUAAUCCCAAUGAUGUGAAUUUGACAGGCCUUCAAUGAGUGUACAUCGGGUACAUGGGAAUAACACUGCUACCAGAUAUUCAGAGCUGGAUGUGACAACAGGGCACUGCUGGCCCAUCACUCAUGUUCUCAGACUUGUCUUCUGUGUGCCAUAUGGUUCAUAGCGUUUUGUGUAGGUGAUUGAUUAUUAGCAGCCGGGGGGGCUAGAGGUCAUUGUGCUUUCUCCUUUUCAGGAGCACCACUGUACUGUUACCUGUGUGGAGCAGGAGGAGCUGUGAUUCUUUUUGUUUGCUGUUUUUGGGUUCUUGUUUUGGUUUCUUGACUCUCUGGGCUGACGUGUGUACUCCAUGGAGUCGUCUCUUCUCAUACAGUGAAUGCCCACUGAAUGCAAUGUAUGGCUUUGGAUGUUUAUUUUAUAACAGGGAUUGUAUCUAAUCAGGGUGAUGGUGACCUGUUGCAUGGUUUUAUUUGAAUUAAACGUUGUUACUUUUGCA